AUUGGAGAAAGCCAAAGAGGUACGGGUAUACUAUUGAGCAAGGGGAGAGACAGAGGGGGAGAGAGGCAGAGGGGAGGGUGACUAAGUGAAUGCAGUUUGCCGUCGCGUGUCGCUGCGAAGCGAAGUCCACACACAGGCGGACGUAUUGGACCUGAAUCAACAAAUGGAUACAGAAAAAACUGGAUGUACACUGCAUAUGAGGAGACAAUAAGGGAGGAGGAAGUCUUUUUUUUUUUUCUUCAUAUCCUUUUAUCUUUGCAUCAGAUACUGCUGUGAGGAACCCAGAGGGAGGGAAAGGAAGAAUAGCGGACAACAUUUCUCUCUAACACCCUUGGAAGCUGUAGAGCUGUAAGCCAGAAUGGAGUCGACUGUGGGACUCGCAGGGAUUGAAUAUAUGCUCAUGCCGGUGUGUGUGAGUGUGUGAGCUGAUAUUAGCAGCCCCAUUGGUAUUCAGUGGAGGGAGCUCCAGGAUCUCGCUGCGCCUUUCCCCAGGAUGGGAUCACAGAGCGGGGAUUGUGCUCGCCUGUGGAGAGCCUGCUGAAAUGGAUCUGAAGCCUUGCAGAGAUGGACACCAAAACGGCAGCAUGGAAGCCAACAUCCACCCUCCAGCGACUAGCUUUCCACACCUAACCACCUCCAUCUCCAGCCAUCAGCUCGAACCAUCCCAGCAAAGACCCCACAUGCAGAGUUGAGGACGGACAAGCUAGACUGAGAUACCAGAAGCCGUCUACAGGAAGUAGAGAAAAGCAGAGGGUGACAUGCCUCAGAGGAGUUAACUAACAGCAAACCAAUCAACCUGUUGAGCAUACGAUUGACUUCAUCUGAAAUGAAAUAGGCUGCAGUGAUGCUUGAGCAAUGGUAUGGAGCUCUUGGACAUGUCUGAAUUUAUCGCCCGGAUAUCCUAUCAAGAUUACGACACUUUCCUGCACACCUCAGAGAUGGGCUACUUUUCCAGAUUGGCUUGUGGGCAAAAGCGAGUAAUUGAAAAUCCCCCCUUGAGAGGUUCUGAUUUGUUGUGGGGUAGGAUGGCUUUUUUUUGAAGGAACCAUUAUUAAAAAACAACAACAACAACCUCCCUUUUUCCCACAUUUUUCCCUUUUUUCUUUUUCACCAUCUUUCUCACUCAUUGCGGGGAAAUACAUUAUGAAGCAGCACCAUUCUUCUUCAUUCUCCCUCGGUGACGGAGAGAUAGGAGGGCCAGACUGUCCAGAAUAGAUAACAAGCAAGGAGACUGGCACUGAGGAGAGGAGAAGGGGAAAAAUAGAAGGAAAUAGAAGGAAACAUGUAGAGAGAGAAAGAAGAAGAGGAAGCAAGAAAAGAAAAAUUGAGAAUUAACUGGGAUUGUUUGAAAUCCUCUUGAAGACUUAGAGUCUCUUUCUAAUUCGCCUGUGCCGUAUUGGAUGCUAGUUAGUGCAAUGUGCAGGGGAGGGGUCAGGAUUCACACCAGGGGGGGCACUUGAGCAGGAGAGGAGGGUUAUGUCCCCCCUGCACCUGCCUGGUCUGUAUCUUAGUGUUUGACAGGAAGACAGACUGAAAGAUGGCCCGGUUAACAGACAGCUAUACUGACAGACGAGCUCUGAGACUGGUAAGAUAGACAGACAGACAGACAGACAGGUACACAGCCUAUUCCAAGUGUCAGGCACAGUAGACAGCGUGCGAUUCAUUGUCAUUCUAUGCAGUGAGUGAGGAGUAGACAGAGAAAAGGAAAGAAAGAAGAGGAGCAUCCCUGUCUUUGUAGCUUCUGGAGAAUCUCACUUAAUUUGCAUCCACCUCAGUCAGUACUGUGACAAGCCCAUGGACUAAAAACAGACUGGGAAGGGAGGGGGCUUUACUAGAAAGGAAAUACAGGUUGGAGAGAUAGAGACAGAGAGAGAGAGAGAGAGAGAGAGAGAGAGAGAGAGACAGAGAGAGAGACAGAGAGAGAGGGAGGCAGGCAGAGAAACAGAGGGAGAGAGCAGGUGUCGGAAAUCCUCCCCUUCAUCUGCUUGUCAUUUACUCCUUUAUGUUCUCUCGUCGUCUGGCGAGGUGAUUGGUUUUCUGAUGCCGGCGUUCCUCUGCUCAUAGGCCCUCCGCAACCCAGAGAAAAACAAGAGGUGAGCACACAGAGGAAAGCAAAAAAGACAGCAUAAAAGGAAAGGUGGAGCCCCAUUUUGAUUGACUAAUUUUUCACCCUUUCCUUUUCUCAUUUGUCAAGACGGGCUGUUGUUAUUUUUUUCUCACUUUUUUUCUUAAAGUAAGAGAUAGAAAGAAGAAAAACACCGGCCCAAUCAAUCCCUCAUUUUCUUUGUACACAGAAUUGAACCGCUCCUUCCAUUAAUUGUUGAUUUUCCGUGACUUGCUCUAAAGGGAUUAUUUUCUUCAUCUGAGUAUAAACACCGGAAUCCUCCAGAUUCCUUCUAUAUGUCCUCACCCCCAAUGACACAGUGUGAACCCCUCUGACUCCUCCACGGCACCCCACACACACACACACACACACACACACCCCUUUGGCUGAAGUGCUAAAACCCUGUGGUCUCAGAUCUCAAAGCCACUACAGCGAUAAUAUGGGACAACGCUUCUGAUACCAUCUGAUUCAUUCUGUGGGGGUACAGGCAGCCAGCAGACCAUUCUCCAUGAGGAGCAGUAGAAGAUGCCGGCUCUGCCAGCACUGCUGCUGUCAAUACACUUCCUCUCCUUCCUGCUAGUCACCAUGCCUCCACGCUCCCUCAGUCAGGCCCCUUUGCUCUCCUCCGUUCGAAUGGCGGCAAUCCUGGAUGACCAGUCAGUGUGUGGGCGUGGGGAGCGGCUGGCGCUGGCCCUGGCCAGGGAGAACAUCAACAGCGUGAUGGAGGGUCCGUCCCGAGCCCGAGUGGAGGUGGACAUAUAUGAGCUGCAAAAAGACUCCCAGUACGACACUACUGACACCAUGUGUCAGAUUCUACCCAAAGGCGUCGUUUCUGUGAUAGGUCCCGCCUCCAGCCCCGCCUCUGGCUCUACUGUCAGUCAUAUAUGUGGAGAGAAGGAGAUCCCUCAUGUGAAGAUUGGUCCGGAGGAAACUCCCCGAUUGCCGUACCUGCGUUUUGCCUCUGUCACUCUGUACCCUAGCAACGAGGACCUGAGCUUGGCCAUAGAAGCCAUCUUGCGCUCGUUCAGUUACCCCUCAGCCAGCCUGGUCUGUGCCAAGGCUGAGUGUCUGCUGAGAUUGGAGGAACUGGUCCGCCGCUUUCUCAUCUCUCGGGAGACGCUGUCAAUCAGGAUGCUGGAUGACAACCUGGACCCUACGCCGCUGCUGAAGGAGAUCCGUGAUGACAAAGUGGCCACCAUCAUCAUUGAUGCUAACGCUUCUAUCUCUUAUCUCAUCCUCAAGAAGGCAUCAGAGCUGGGGAUGACAUCGGCAUUUUACAAGUACAUCCUCACCACCAUGGACUUCCCACUCCUGAGACUGGAUGAUAUAGUGGAUGAGCAGUCCAACAUUGUGGGUUUCUCCAUGUUUAACACCACCCAUCCCUUUUAUUUGGAGUUCAUCAGGAGCCUCAACCUGUCUUGGAGGGAGGGAUGUGACCUAACGUACCCCGGACCUGCGCUCUCGUCAGCGCUGAUGUUUGAUGCGGUGCAUGUGGUGGUGGGGGCGGUAAGGGAAUUGAACCGCAGUCAGGAAAUCGGUGUGAAGCCACUCAGCUGCACCUCACCUCAGAUCUGGCAACACGGGACCAGUCUUAUGAACUACCUGCGCAUGGUGGAGUAUGAUGGUCUGACAGGCCGUGUGGAGUUUAACAGCAAAGGUCAGAGGACCAACUACACCCUGCGGAUCCUGGAGAAACACAGAGGAGGCCACAAAGAGAUCGGGGUCUGGUACUCCAACAACACCCUGGCAAUGAACUCCACCAGCUUGGAUAUCAAUGUCUCAGAGACGCUGGCAAACAAGACACUCAUUGUCACCACCAUACUGGAGAGCCCAUAUGUGAUGCGCAGAGACAACUACCAGGACUUCCAGGGCAACGACCAGUAUGAGGGCUUCUGUGUCGACAUGCUGAAGGAGCUCGCAGACAGCUUAAAAUUCUCCUUCAAGAUCAAGCUGGUGGAUGACGGGCUGUAUGGAGCUCCAGAGCCCAACGGCUCUUGGACUGGCAUGGUUGGAGAGCUCAUCAACAGGAAAGCAGACCUGGCCGUAGCAGGCUUCACCAUCACAUCAGAGAGAGAGAAGGUUAUCGACUUCUCUAAGCCGUUCAUGACCCUGGGGAUCAGCAUCUUGUACCGAGUUCAACUGAGUCGGAAGCCGGGAUACUUCUCCUUCCUCGAUCCCUUCUCUCCAGCUGUCUGGCUCUUCAUGCUGCUCGCCUACCUGGCUGUCAGCUGUGUGCUCUUCCUGGCUGCAAGGCUGAGCCCCUAUGAGUGGUACAACCCUCACCCGUGUCUGCGAGAUCGCAGGGACAUGGUGGAGAACCAGUAUACACUGGGAAACAGCCUGUGGUUCCCUAUUGGCGGCUUCAUGCAGCAGGGAUCAGAGAUAAUGCCCAGAGCGCUGUCCACCAGAUGUGUUAGUGGGGUGUGGUGGGCAUUCACCCUGAUCAUCAUCUCCUCCUACACGGCCAACUUGGCAGCCUUCCUGACCGUCCAGAGGAUGGAGGUUCCCAUCGAGUCUCCGGACGACUUGGCCGACCAGACCAACAUCGAGUAUGGCACCAUCCACGGAGGGAGCACCAUGACCUUUUUCAUGAACUCACGUUAUCAGACCUACCAGCGGAUGUGGAACUACAUGUACUCCAAGCAGCCCAGUGUAUUUGUGAAAAGCACAGAGGAGGGCAUCGCCCGCGUGGUCAACUCCAAGUACGCCUUUCUGAUGGAGAGCACCAUGAACGAGUACUACCGCGGCCGCAACUGUAAUCUCACAAAGAUAGGAGGCCUGCUGGAUACCAAGGGCUAUGGCAUUGGCAUGCCACUGGGGUCUCCGUUCAGAGAUGAGAUCACGCUGGCCAUCCUCCAGCUGCAGGAAAAUAACAGGCUGGAGAUACUGAAGAGGAGAUGGUGGGAGGGAGGCCGAUGCCCCAAAGAGGAGGACCACCGUGCAAAGGGUCUGGGCAUGGAGAACAUUGGGGGCAUCUUCGUGGUGCUGAUCUGUGGCCUCAUCAUUGCCGUGUUUGUGGCCAUUAUGGAGUUUGUGUGGUCAACACGGCACUCUGCAGAGACAGAUGAGGUGUCUGUCUGUCAGGAGAUGAUCACAGAGUUCCGAAACGCCGUCUCCUGUAAGAAGACCUCCCGUAUGCGCCGCCGUCGGCCCCUCAGCAGCUCAGCAGCCCUGCGUCAUCCCACACGCAUAGCUCUGGGGGCCCCUCGGCCCCUGCGCCUGGUCCGGGAGAUGCGCCUCAGCAACGGCAAGCUCUACAGUGGAGCUGGCCCGCUGACAGGUGGAGCUGGAGGUGGAGGAGGUGGAGCAGGAGAGACGGGGCCUCCCGAUCUGGGCCCUGGGCCCCAACGGAUUCCAGAUGAUCCACUAGGGGCCAACACCACCCCUCCUCCACCAGCCCCUACCCCUGUGAUGCUGCCUGCCCGGAGCUGCACCCAUGUGCGGAUCUGCCAGGAGUGCCGGAGGAUCCAGAGCCUAAGAUCAGGAUCAACCACAACAAGAAUACCACCUUCAUCUGCACCCUUGCCGAGGCUACCCCCACCCCCACCCCCAUCUUCAUCCAACACAGACAGUGAAGGCGGAGGGGGUGCCAGCCCUAGGCGGCAUCACCACAGCCCCCUGCCUCAUACCUCCCGACCCAUUCCACCUCCACAGAACAGCAACACCACAGACCUACUGGGCGACCAGGACUGAGACUAGAUGCAAUGGGCAGAGUGAGAGGGUUGCAGGGAGCUGGUGAAGUGUGAGGAACAUUUGUGCUGCGGAGAGAAACACUGCUUGUUUCCACAGUUUAAAUUCAUCGGAGAACAAGAGGGAGAGAUGGAGGGACAAAACGUUGAACUCUGCGAGGUCAGCCAAUAGAAAAUGAGACAACCUUUCAAAAGGAGAAUAAAGGAGGGAAACUUGAAACAGUUGAGCUUGAGGCCUACAGACAGAACUGGGUACAAGCACACUGUGAGAUGGUUGUCAGUUAAGCUUCUGUAAUCAACUCCGGAAAACAGUUCAGUUUGGACAAAUCUGAGCAGAAAUGCACAUGACCAGAUGGUGGUUUCUAUUGGCCUCGUUUUUUUUCUCCCCCUCUCACUUCGCCUUUAGAUUUGAGGGUGUUGAUUUACUUCCACAGAUAUUCCCUGGAAGCUUUCUACCCCUCUAGUAAAAUGAAGCCUUGUUGGAGGACAUACUGUUUCCGAAUGUGAUUAAAAACAGCAACUAAAAGACUUCCCGAGAAUUAUUCCUGUUUUUUUUCUUUUGUUGUCUUUUUUGUUUUGUUACCAUUGUUCUAAGUGGGAAUUACAGAGUUAAAUACAGACUAUGUGUGACAAUAUGGUGGAUUAUAACAUACUAAGAAACUUGACUGCAGCUAAUUGUGUCCAAGAGUUUUGUGUCCCUCCCUGCGCCCCAUAGCUGCUUUUUGGAUGUUAUCAGAGAAGGCGGAUGAAACAACUUCAAGACAACAUAAUGCAAAUGGUAGCAGAGGAAACUGUCUGCCUUUCUUUACACUGUGCGUGUGUAUGUAAAAAUUUGUGCUUCCUGUAAGUCUGUCUGUAACUACUUAAAGUGAGGAGAACCAUGUACUCAGCAACAGCACCCUUCUACAAAUGUUAGAUAAUCAGACAGCCACAAAAAGAGGAGGAAGAGCAAGAGGCUUUGAAAUGUGAAAUGAAUGUCCCUCGUUAUCCUGGGUACCACUUGCCAAGCCUUUACUUCUUUUUCACCUCUGUUCACACAGCGUAGAAGAGAUAGAAAGACCAGGCGAGGCAGAGCCAGAGAGGCAAGAAAGAGAAGAACAGAUCACACUACUGAAUUUGAAUGAGAAAUCCCUAACUGAACUACUUCCAUUAUUAGAUCUGUUAAUUCUGGGCAUCUUUUAAAGGGGCUCGUUAAUGCGCCAGCAAACUGUAGCUACAGCUUCUUCCCUUCUCUCUGUUUAACAGACAGAUUUGGCCGUUCACAGUAGAGGCUCCUGCCAGAGUGAUAGACUCAACACAGCCUUGUCAAUACAGUCUCAAGCUUUUGAUCGCCUAAUUACUCCCCUCGGUGGCUGGGGACUCAUUCAGCAGGGUGUUGAACACAGGGAAACAUGCUGAUAAAUAGAUUGAGAAGAAAUACAUGUUGUUUUCACUCUGGCGGGGAUAGGAACCCGUUGUUAAUGUUACAGCCCUACUGUUGUGUGAAACUCCAACUCUUAACACUACAGUAUAUUAGCCACGGUGCUUAAAUAAUACACUGAAUACACUGGUGGAUUUCCAUGUUUUAGGUAUUUAACUUCAAAUUGUGGACACUUUAUUUAUUGCUGAUAAUUAUUCAAAGCAUACCAUAUGUUUUAAAACAGACUUCCAAUCUCCCAAGUAGCCACUGCUUUUACAUCAAGUAAUUGUGUUUACAAGGAGCAUUAAAGAAUAAGGCUGGUGAUAUUUCAUAUUUUUCUUAUUGUCAACAAAUCCAAUGAAAAGACCAAAACCACCAAUAACCUGAUGAAUUGAUCUGACUUAUACUGUAAGUAGCCAAAGCCUCAUGUAGCUUAUUUAUCUGUGCUAGACCUCCAUUUUUUAAAAAAUGAUUAAAAACACAACAAUGAGUCACACUGUUUGCUAAUAACUAUUUUCAUAAAAAAGUUUAUAUUUGUGCCCAUUUUUUAAGAGUUGCGUCUUCAGUGAGACCAAAGGGGCUGCAGAAGUUGGAAAAUAUUGAGAGACAGACCAACACUUGGUGGUUCUGAUCUUUUCAUGGGAUUUGUUAACAAGAAGAAAAAUAUACAACAUUGCCAGCCUUAUUCCUUUGAGUCUGCUUUAUUUUUAGUACAAAAACACAUUACAAUUAAAACAGAUCAGCUUUAGGUCCGUGGUAAUAAAAUGAGGUGGGAUUACCGCAGCAUGAUUUCCCUUAAGUUUAACCAAACGUACCACUUUGUGAUCACUUUCAUGUGCUGCAGCUGUGCUCUCUGUGUACAACACCUCUGUGAAAGAGUCCCCUCGGAAGCAAAUGCCUGGUCUUUUGCUAAUAGUCCAUCAUCCCAGAGAUUAUGUAUUUUUUAUUAUUAUAUGACAUUGUUAUCAAGUGCUGUAUUAGCAUUUUCUGCACUGCAGGUCAUUGACUCACCAGUGUCUCAGUGUUUAUUGAAUCAGUUAUCUAAUCAGGUCCCAAAAUACUCACUGUAGAGUGAUUCACACACCCUUAGUUAUAGUUACUAUACUCAGUUAUAAAAAAGUCUUCAUUCUGCUGUGUUAAAUGAAAUGCUGACAUCCAAGAUUUGAAGGUUAGCUGAUGCAACAUUUUCAAUUCAGGAUAUAACUAAAUUUGCUAAGUGUUUGUGUUUGCUUAUUGUUUGUCUUUUAUGGUUUCAUUUCCUGACAGCAGAUUUUAUGAAUGUCAUGCUUUUCAGCAGCUGAUUCUCAAUUCUCGAAAGUCAGUGUUUCCUGCCGCCUUCUGUCUUUUCCUUUUCCUCUUUUUUGCCCUUUGAUUUGAAUGCCACCUCCAAUACAUAUAAAGCUGCUUCACUUUUAAUCAAGGAGCUACAUGCUAUCUUCUCAGAUCUCCACCAGUACAUAUUCAGCAGUAUUACAAAGUAUAUACAAACCCACCACUUCAGCCCUUUAUAAAUCCCCUGGAAAAAAAUAUGAAAUACUGGCAUUGUUGUCUGGGCAAACAUUGCAUUGCUGUACAAAAUUAUGCAUUUUGCAGUGAAACAGAUUUGUCGACACUGUUGUGCUCCAGAUAAUGAAUGAUAACAUUGUUUGCACACAUUAUGCUGUUUCUCUGAAUGAUUGCUGUCAGCAGAAGCAGGCCCAGAUUUGAUGUCUCUUUCUCUCUGUUUACUUCUGCCUUUGUGUUCAGAAUGCUGACAAGGCAACAGGAGCCAACCCCAUUCCACAAGAAGUCACAGUGUGUACACACACACACACACACACACACACACACACACACACACACACACACACACACACACACUGACAAACAAACAAACAAAAACACAAGCGGAGACACCGUCCACAUCUUCAUUUCUAAUUCCCUUGUUGUCUAAAGGUUGUAAACCCACUGGUUGUUUUUGUUGUUUUCAAAUGUGGCUCUUUUUUGUGUCUUUGGUUUGUUCUGUGUAUGAAUUCACAGCACCACAUAGCCAAUAAGUGGCUACCAACAGCUUUAAACCAUCAGCUGAAAGCAUUUAUUAGCUACAAAGCAUUAUUAUGGCGAGGCAAGAGGAAGGGUAGAAACCCUAAGCAGCCAAAAUAUUGCUAGUAUGAAUAAUUAUGAAGGGAAGGGAGGGUCACAAAACAGAUCAGAUGGGGUGUCUGAACAGUCACUCCGCAAAACAAACCUUUUUGUUUACUUUUAUGUUCUUUUCUUUAGUAUUUUUUCACAUUUCUAUACUAGUGCUAAAUGGAUUAUUAAAACUGAUGAUGAAUAUUAUGAUUCAAUUGUUGUUAUUAUUCCUAUUGAAGAGCAAGAGGUUCUAUAGUGUGAUUGUGGGUUGAGGUUGUGGGAUGGUGUUGGGACGAAGGUGCAAUGAUGUUCUUCAGAGAGAUCGCCCUGUUGUUCAAACCUAUAGACACACAAAUGUCUUUUGGAAUAAAAAUAUUCAAACAGU